UGUUCCAAAUUCGAUCAAUGAUACAUCCACCACAGAGUGGCAGUAGCUAGCUUUGGUCAGUCACACACAUUGCCAACGCCAAAGAAGAUAUUUACAUUUCCGGCUAUGUCGCUUUUGUCAACAAAGAAGUUACGGUGUUACUUUCCCCACUUGUUCAACCUGAUAGAGAAAACAGGUUAUGCUGUAGCCACCAUGCUGGGGACUUCAACAUCCACUGAACAGGGGGCUAUGGAGAAUCCCAUAGUGCUUGAGAUGUGUCGAAUGUCCCCUCUUACAUUUGAAGACACUCCUGAAUUAAUCUCAUCAGUGGCACCUGAUACAGUCGAGGGAUUAAUAAAAGCCAAAAAGAAAAAGAAUAAAGCACUAUCUGAACAGGGACCAGAAGAACCGGCAAUUGAGCAUAAUCAAAAGGAUGGUCACCGGUUGACAGUCGAGAAAAGAGGUAAAGACCCUAAACAUAAAGAGCAAACAGUGACUGAGCUGGAAGUGGUGGAGAAAGAGAGGAAGAAACGUAUAAAAGGAAACGAAGAGAAGCAGCCAAAUGUUAUUCAAGAUGAAAUGGAGGUACUAGAUCCCGAGGAACAAACUGGAGGGAAAACAAAGAAAAAGUCAAAGAAUCUUCAAACACAACAGGUGGGAGCGGAUUUAGUGAUUGCUGAUGAGAAUAAUAUGAAUAGCCGGAAGAAGAAGAAGAGAAAACAUAAUGACAUUGAGCCAGAACGGGUGAUAGACAGUGUCCUCUCAAAGGCUGAGGUAGACGUUUCAGCUGUAACUGCGCCAGAUGAGGCCAGAAAGAGUAAGAAGAAGCACAAGAACAGACAAACAGAACUUGAGGAGGGAGGGGAAAGCUGUCUGACAGUUUCAAGAACAGCAGAUGAUCCAAAAAUCAAAGAACUGCACCCUGAAAUGGUCAAGAGAGGUAAAAAUGUGGUAACUGAGGCAGAGGAGAAUGUAAAAAAAAGGAAACGAAAUAAGAAAGAACACACAGAGAGUGAACUGAACGAUUGUCCAGAUAAAGCAGACCUUCCAGGGAUAAAAGAACAAACUGAAAGAAAAUUGAAGUCAAAGAGGCCAAAAACGGAUGGAGAGUCUGCAGCUGUGGAGGGCAGCGGGAGAAAGAAAAAACACAGCAGAGUGUCAGACAAGGGAAUGGACAGUGUCCACUCUGCAGCAGAUGUUUUUGAUUUAGCUGUUCCAAAUGACAACGGGACUCAUGAUGCUGGAACAAACGGUGAGACAGAGGGUGCCCAUUCAACCAUGGUUGAGACAGGGACCCAACACAACAAAUCCUGCCUAAAGAAAGAAACUCUCGUUGUGGACGACUGGCAGGCUCUGAAUGAUCUCAAAGACUUCAUUCCCAAUGUUGAGUCAAAGUCUGUUUACGAGAUCCAUAAGAGGAUAAAGUAUGAUCUUGAUCGAUUCAAGGAAUUCCGAAGACAAGGCCUUUCCCUGCGAAGUGGAAGAUUCAAUGCGCAGGAGAACGAACGACUCAAGAGUAACGUCUACGACUUCCUGUCUCUCACUGGGAUUCAGAGUGGCUCUGAGCUCUUCCAUCCACAGCGCUUCAAAGGGGAAGAAGCAAAUAUCAAGAAAUUGAAGAGGCAGCACAGAUUCCAUGAAAGAAUAGGUGAAGGAAUACCCAGGCCUUGGCAUCAAAUCUAUAUACGUGGGAGGAAAAUGUUUGAUGGCAGCAACUACAAGGGCAGGUUCACCGAAGAAGAGCUUCACACUUUGAAAAAACUACAGGCGUUGCACGGCAACAAGUGGGCGAAGAUCUCGGCGUUGACUGGCCGAAGCGAAUCGGCCCUAGAGAAACGUUUUGCUCAAAUGUCUGCAAACCGAGGCGUGUGGACCGAGGAAGAACUGAAAAGACUAAUGGAAGCUGUGCGGAAGCACCUGGUGGGACAGGCAGAGCCUGGCAGUGGACCAGCCACCGUCAGGAAAGACCAUCUGUACAACAACAUCCCCUGGACAGAUGUGUGCCAGACGGUUGAAACACGCCACUGGUCCCAGUGUCGAAUAAAAUGGUUGGGUGUUUUGAAGCACAAAAUGGCAUAUGGACAACCAGUAUUCAGUGGACACACUAAAUCAUUACAGGGCAAAGUGGAUUUGAUCAAAGCCUUGAAUGCAAUGCAGGUGGAAGAUGUUGCAGAUAUCAACUGGGAAGAAAUUGCUCGCACAAUUGGGGAUGUUACGCCACGCUACGUACAGACACACUACUACAGGCUAAAGGUAGCCAACGUUCCGUUGUGGCAGAGCAUGUCCUUCUGUGAGAUCAUUGACUUCCUCAACAGUAGAGUUCUCCCUAAUUGUGAAGAGCGCCUCAACGUUCUGAUAAAGUCAGGAGAGGUGGUGUCCAGAAAUGAUCCUCAAGAGCUCUUCCUACUCUCUGAGAUAUUUGAUAACGAGGAUGGCGACUACUACAGCGACGUUCAGAACAGCUGAAGAAAACAGCACGUGGACCUGGCUUAAGGCCCCACUGUGGGGGUAGCUGUGUACCCCUCUGUCUCACAAUUAAGGAUUCAGCUCGUUCAUGGAGGUGGUUAAUGAUGAUCAACUUAUUUGUAACUAAAUGUUAAUUUAAGACUUUACAAUGUCAUCACCCCACAAUGAUUCACUUUGAUUUAAUGCAUCUGGUGAAUACUCAGAUGAGUUGUAUUAUGUUUGCAAAAUCUGACAGGUGACAUUUUUAUAGAAUCCCAUUUUAUUUUUGAGAAUAAAUGUCUCUUGGCUUCAAGUUGCUCUGCCUUGA